CAGGAACAGCACAAGCCGGACGAGGCAGUCAGGAUGAGGACAUCGCUGUCCAUAUUCAUCCUUUUAAGCCUCAGUUGGGUGCACGUUUUGACUUCCCCAGGAUUAAACUGUGACGAUUGUGAUGAACGUCGCUUCUGCAACUGUUCUGCCAAGCAUCUCUUGAACGUGCCUAUAGUGCCUGAAAACGUUCUUGACCUUGAUUUGUCCUUUAAUGACAUCAAGUCCGUUAAGCAGAAGGAUCUGAGCGUGUACGGUGACCUGAGGACUUUAAAUCUGCACAAGAACCAACUUACCAAGAUCCAUAAAGAUGCAUUCAGCUCGCAGCUCAACCUUGAAACACUGGACCUAUCCUUUAACAACCUGAGGAACGUUUCAGCGUCCUGGUUCCACAAGCUCCGGUCUCUGAAGCACCUGAACAUUUUGGGAAACCAAUACACAACCGUAGGGUCUGUCCCUCUUUUCCAGUCUGCACAGAAACUGAGCACACUAAAAUUCGGCAACCCUGUAAUCAGGGAGGUCAAGCGACAUGUGCUGAGUACACUUUCUCAUCUGGAUGAGAUGAUGUUCGUUGGCGGGAGCCUUCGCUCGUAUGAACAGGGCAGUUUCAGAACCAAGUUUAUCAGCAAAGUUACAUUGAGCCUUCAAGCCUUGUUUCAAACAGACCCGGCGCUUGUCUCAAAGAUCCUCAGGGACGUUUCGUACCCUGGGACGUCACUGACCGUCAGAGACGCUGUGCUAAUGACAAAUGAAUCCGUACAACCGUUUAUCGAGGUCAGGAAAGGCCAGACCGCCAGGCUUACCCUUCGUAACAUGAGGGCUACAGACGAGGGAGUCAUCUAUUGUCUUGAAGCUUUGAAUGGAUCACCGUUAACUUACCUAGGACUUGAGGACAAUAAGUUUAAAGGUGGAGGCAUGUGGGGAAACGCUUCCUGGACUCAUUUUGAAAAACUCCGCACGAUAUAUGUCCGUAAUUUAGAAAUCCAGGGCUUUAUCAGCUUCAGCAGCAUGCUGCAGUUAGAAUUUCUUUUGAAGCAUCCGACUGAGAUAUCAGUAAUAAACUGCACUGUUUUCGUUAUUCCCUGCAUUACCAGUUAUCUCCUGAAGAAGCUGGAGUACCUGGAUAUGAGUCAAAACCUGCUCUCAGAUUUAACAAUUCGAGAGUCUUUAUGCGACGGCAAAGGUGUAAUGCACAAUCUAAACGUGCUGAAUGUAAGCAGCAACUCGCUGAAAUCUCUUGGGCUGAUGUCCCACCUGGUGACAAGCCUCGAGAAGCUCACGUUUCUGGACAUGAGCCACAAUGACUUUUCGACAAUGCCGCAAAAAUGCACGUGGCCGGCAAGCCUAAGGUUUAUGAAUCUGUCUUCCACAAAGCUUCGUAGUGUAACACCGUGCCUUCCACAAAGCCUGGCUGUUCUGGAUGUCAGCGAAAACGAUCUGACCGUGUUCCAACUCCAACUCCCAAACCUGGUCGAGCUCCGACUCUCAGGUAACCGGUUUCUUCACUUUCCAUAUGGUGGAAGGUUUCCCGGUUUGAAGAUGUUGGUCAUUCAAAGAAACACAAUAAAUAUGUUUAACAAGACUGAACUCAUGGCUUUUAAUACCCUGCAGUUUUUGGAAGCCGGACACAACAAUUUCGUCUGCACCUGCGAGUUUGUAGCGUUCUUUAAAACAGACGUAGAUCACCUGAUUACUCUCAGGGACGGUCAUCAGAGCUACGUGUGUGACUCCCCGUUCACAUUUAGGGGUCAAAGAGUCGAUCACGCUCGGUGGUCAGUCUUCGAGUGCUACAUGAUCCCUGCGGUGUCCAUCCUUUGUGUCCUGAUUGUCCUCGUCCUAGUUAUUACCGCGGUCGUCUGUCACAAGCUUCACGUUUUGUGGUAUCUCCAGAUGACCAUGGCAUGGUUGAAAGCGAAACGUAAACCGGCAAUCCACAGAGGAGGUGCAAAUCUCCGCUACGACGCUUUCGUGUCGUACAGUCAACACGACGCCGAGUGGGUCGAGGAGAUCCUGGCUCCAGAGCUAGAGAGCUCUCAGCCUUCGUUUUCCCUCUGCCUGCACAAGCGGGACUUCCUUGCGGGCCGCUGGAUCGUCGACAACAUCAUCGAGUCCAUCGAGAAGAGCUACCGGACGCUGUUCGUCCUGUCCGAGCACUUCGUGACGAGCGAAUGGUGCCGCUACGAGCUGGACUUCUCACACUUUCGGAUCGUGGACGAGCACGAUGAUUCGGCCGUCCUAAUCCUGCUGGAACCGAUUCCCAAGGAGACUAUUCCGAAACGCUUCUGCAAGCUUCGCAAGAUAAUGAACUCCAGGACGUAUCUUGAGUGGCCUCAGGAGGACGAAAGGAAAGAGGAAUUUUGGAGCACUCUGCGAGCUGUACUGAAGAGGGACGAGUCCUAAUACUGUCGUCUUUAUAUGUCGUCCAACCAGUAGCAACCCAUCACCAUAAGCAUUGCUCGACUUCCAAACAUCCCAAAAGAUUAAAAACUGAUUGAUUAAUGAUUAUAAAGUACAUUCUUUAUUUGCAAUCACUGUCAAGGUUGGUCCAACCAAGCAGUGACAUUAAAGUGCUUGA